AUGGCUGUAAGAUACGCUUGUCUAGUGUUAGUGUUCUGUUUGGCGGGGUAUGGGUCUUCAGCGCCGGCUGUUGAUACAGAUAUAAGUACAUCUUCAUCAAACAAGAUACAGAGCCUCGAAUCGAAGCUGUCUAAACUUCGCUCGUUAUUGGCAGAUAUUGCCAAGAGUCCAGAAAGCAAGAAUAAAAAAUCUGAUGAUGAAACAAAGUCCAGCGUGUCCAAAAUGGCGACAGAAUCAAAUAUGUCACGUGACAAAGAUGAAAAGUCACAAAGGAACCUAAAACUAGCUGGAGAUUCUACAAUGACUGCAGGGUUGGCUGGUUUACAAGGAGAAACCCUAGAGGCUUUGCUGUUAGCUCUUCAGACACUGAAAGACCAACAACAGCACCAGAACAAACAACGAACAACGGCAGAUCAUAGAGUUGACAUGGGGUCGUUUAGAGAGGAGCCCAUCCAAGACCCUGUUGGCGAAAAGAACAAAGAUUCAGAUGUUGUCGAACUAGCAAAACUGCUUACAGCUGACAAACCUGACCAUACCUGGGAAGGAAACGAUGGAGGGUAUCGUCAACCGAAAGAAGGACGUUUUGGAUUGUUCCGUGGUGAAGCACUUAGACUUGUGGAGGACAAGCUUCUUGGAGACGUGGAAUUAGCACUUGAAAGUGGCCUGACGUUAGAGGAAAUUAUGCAAGAUUUAGAAAGACAAGAAGAAAAAUCCCGAACACGAGAUCUCCUCUCGAGACUUGCCGAACAAAUUCCACGACAAUAUCGAGACUAACAACAUUUGUAUAUAGCCAUUUUCCUCUCCUUU